UACGUUUACUACACGGUAGAAGCACACAGCUGCUCUUAUAGAAGGACAGAUGCGCAUCAUGUUGAUGUUAUUUAUACCUGUUGUGAGAAGCGCUUUGAAAGUGCGGUCUAACGAUGGUCGAGUAACUGACCUCACAUUUUCCCUCUGAUUUCGCGCCCCACCUCUUUCACGCACAGCAUUAAUAGGCCAGUUCUCCUCCCCCUGACCUAGUGAGAGACAAGACAACACUGUCAAGAUUUGGACAGAAUGGGAUAUGCACACUGCUGUACCGUGCUCCUUAUAGUAUUCAUUGCGCUACAGCAAUCUGCUGGAUUUUGGCUCUUCGAUGUGGUGUUCCCACCAAGUGCCAAACCUCAAAACAAAAUGGCAAACAAUAGCACUCCGCCGGUUCUUAUAGUACCUGGGAACCUAGGAAACCAGCUUGAGGCCAAGAUUGACAAGCCAAGCCUUGUGCAUUGGAUGUGCUACAAAAAGACAGAUGACUUUUUCACACUUUGGAUUGACCUGAAUAUGUUCAUGCCAAUUGGGAUUGACUGUUGGAUCGAUAAUAUAAGAAUUGUAUACAAUAGGACAACUCGCAAGACCUCCAAUUCUGCAGGGGUGACGGUGAGAGUGCCUGGUUUUGGACAGACAUAUUCUGUUGAGUUCUUGGACACAAACAAGUUGUCAGGUUAUUUUCACACUAUGGUUACACAUUUGGUCAACAUGGGAUAUGUCCGUAAUGAGACUGUCCGAGCAGCACCAUACGACUGGAGGGUAGCUCCAAACGAGCAGGAGGAAUACUUUGCACAGCUGAAGAAGCUGAUUGAGGAUAUGUACGAGCAGUAUCAACAACCACUUUACCUCUUGGGACACAGCAUGGGAAGCAAUUAUGUCCUCUACUUCUUAUAUCAGCAGACCCAGACAUGGAAAGACCAAUACAUCAAAGGCCUCAUUUCACUUGGAGCACCCUGGGGUGGGGCAGUCAAGCCUAUUCGAGUGCUAGCAUCAGGUGAAAAUGAUGGCAUCCCAAUGGUAUCCAACAUCAAGAUCCGGGAGGAGCAACGCAUGACAACAACAAACCCCUGGAUGCUUCCAUUUGAAGAGGCAUGGCCUGCAGACCACGCCUUCAUCUCCACACCCUCAUUCAACUAUACCCACCAGGACUACCAGCGCUUCUUCAAAGACAUCGACUUUGAGGAUGGCUGGUUCAUGUGGGAAGACACCAGAAACCUGACAGCUGGUCUGCCCCCUCCUGGUGUUGAGGUAUACUGCUUCUAUGGUGUAGGGCUGCCCACACCGGUUACCUAUAUUUAUGACGACCAGUUCCCAAAUGUAGACCCUAUAGACUAUGUGUAUGCUGAUGGGGAUGAUACAGUGGACAGUCUUAGCAUGGGUUUAUGUAAGCGUUGGAUAGGAAAGCAAGCACAGCCUGUCCAUGUCAAGGAGUUCAGGGCCAUGCCCCACUUGGAAAUAGUAUUCAAUAGCAAGGUAAUCAAUGUAGUCAAGAGUAUCCUGGAGGGAAGAUAUGGGGAAGAGGAUUCUACAUUCCAAGAGACUGAUGAACGUCCCAUUGACUCCGCAGUCAUGCAAGAUCAAGUCCAGCCGGACCAGGCUCCCAGAUCUACACUGUAAGCUUUUGGGGAGAAAAUAAUUCACUCUCCCAAUGUACAUACUAUUACUGAUGCAGUAGCUACUAAGUUGGACUUAUACACUGAGUGUACAAAACAUUAAGAACACCUGCUCUUUUCAUGACAUAGACUGACCAGGUGAAUCCAGGUGA